GCGGCGUCGCGGCUGUCGGGGGGCGCCAAUGGCGUUGAGCACUUCCGCAGCGUUGUGCAGGGCGUUGUGAGAGAGUCGCUCGCUGUUACGGGGCCGAUCCGUCUGGGGGGUGGCCGCCGUGUCGUUGCACUGGUGGGUGCGACAGGCGUCGGCAAGACGACGACGCUCGCCAAGCUCGCCGCCAAUUACCGGCUCCGCGACGGCGCUCGCGUUGGGCUCGUGACGGUGGACACCUACCGCACCGCAGCGGUGGAACAACUCCGCACCUAUGCCGAGAUCAUCGACCUGCCGAUGGAAGUGGUCUCGACGCCUGAAGAGAUGCGGCGAGCGGUCACAAAACUUGCGGCGCUCGACUUGGUGUUGAUUGAUACGGCAGGACGCAGCCCGCGCGACGGCGACCGGCUCCAAGUUUGUAGCGACCUGCUCGACGCGGCGUCGCCCGACGAGACGCACCUCGUAACGACCGUCACCGGCACGGCGCGUGGUAUGCGAGACGCCCUGGAGCGCUUCGCCCCGGUCCGGCCCACGUCGCUGCUGCUUACGAAGCUCGACGAGGCCCCAUCGCUCGGUCACGCCGCGGCGCCGGUAUUGGAUUCGGGUCUCCCCGUCAGUUACCUGACCGACGGCCAGAGCGUCCCCGAAGAUAUUCGCCUUGCCGACGCGAAGUCGCUGGCGGGCCGGCUGCUCGGCGAGGAGGCGAACCACCUGCGUCGCGUCGCCGAAGGCAUGGCGCCCGGCAUGCCGCCGACGGCCGAGCGCGUCGUUGUCGUGCUUGGCGCCAAGGGCGGCGUCGGCGCCUCGGCUGUCGCCUUGACCACGGCCCGGGACCUCGCGCGUUCGACGAGUCAGCCCGAGGGCGUGGCGGUCCUGGCGAUCGACGCGCACGCGGGGCGCAAUGACUUGGCGGUGAUGGCGGCGGCCGACGAAACGCCAACGGCAGGCCUGGUGAUCACAACGGCGGCGAAGCUCGGUGUGGCGCCGGCUCCGGGAGAGGGCGCGUACGUCGGUGAAGCCGCCAAACGGCUGCUGCGGGCGGCGCGUCAGUGGACCGAGGACGCGGGCGGCUGGAUCGUCAUCGACGCGGGCGUCGGCGACACGCUCUGGGCCAGGGAACUCGCCAGCCGCGCCGCGAGGCCGCUGUUGAUCGUUGGUGGUGAUCGGCUCUCGACCGUCAAUGGCUACUUGACCCUCAAACGUCUCGGGGCCGUCGCGGCCCGUGUCGGCGUGAUCGUGAAUCACUGCCCGAACGAAGAGGCGGCCCGCGGCGUACACCGUUCGCUCAGCGAGUCUUGCCAGAAGUUCUUGGCAGCGGCGCCGAUGCUAGCGGGCUGGUUGCCGACGACGAUCGAGGACCCCGCCAAUGCCCCCGUCACCGCAGCCUUCGCGGCUUGA